GACGCUAGUGAGUCAUUAAGAAGGUCCUGAUAAUUAUGUAGUUCCAAAAUAAACACACGAUCUUUCCUACAUGUGGUCUAACCACGAGUUCAUUCUUUCGAUUUGUAAUCAAAUGAAACGAAAAAAAUGACUGAAGAAGAUUUAAAUAAAAUACUUACCGAUUUACGAGUAUCGAAGAAAAGCGGUGAAUUAGAUAACCAUGAAAAGUUUGUUAACCAACAGGAUAAAUGGAGAAAUACGAUAGAUUAUAGUGUGUUAGAAACAUGUGUCAAACAUUACAAUGAAGGUGUUAGAUUGGACGCCCUCGCUCUUCUCGUUGAAUCCAAGAAGAGUACAUUAAAAUUUACCAAUGCCGAGUUGGAUAUUAUAUUUUUAUUUCUAAUGUAUAAUCUUGAAGAGAAGUUUGAAUAUGUAUCUCUUGUUAUGAAGGCUUUAAAACGAAUAAAGGAUAGCUUAAAUGUUAUGAAAAAAAAGUUAGUGCAACAAUCAAAAACUAAGCUCUCUGAUUCGUCUGAAAAAACAGAUGAUGACAAAGCUUCUUACAAAGUUGUUCACGAGAUAGAAGUGUAUAAUGCAUUCUUUUUAAAUUUAAGAGACCUGUGCGUAAACAAUCUAUAUCCGGAUGCUACGUAUUCUCGUAGAAAGAAUAGUUUGCAAAUACUCUGCAUAAUGUUAGAAUUUUUAGACCACGAAUUCAGAGAUAUUACUUGGAAUUCUAAACAAACAGAAAAAAUAUUUAUGUGCUUGCUAUUGGACAAGUACGAGACCAAUAAAAAGAUGGCUUUUAGAAUAUUGAAAUCUAUCAAUCCAAUUAUUUUGGGUUUGGAUGCAGAAAAUCGUCUUUGUGAAAUGAUUAACGUCGCAACCGACCUGGGUAAUAGUAUUAGACCGAUAGACAGUAUAACUGCGGCAUACAUGUUUAAAAUUUGUAUGCUCUCGCCUUUGUUACAAAACGUCCUCUGCGAAUAUUAUAACAUGAAUCAGUUUCCUAAUGGAAUUGCGGAAUCCCAUAUUUUGCAGUUAAUAUUAUUUCUAAUAAAAAGAUUAGAGAUAUCUCUGAUGGCAGCAAAAGAAAAUAUAGUAAUGGCAGUUACGAAGUAUUCUCUUUACGGCUAUCUCUUUUGUUUGAGAAGUUUGUUAUCAGAUUGCGACUUGAGUAUUGUAGGUACAGAAAAAUUAUGGCAAGAAACAAUUUCUAAGCUCAUAUCGAUGUGCUUUGAGCUGAAUAAAGUAGUUUCGGUAAUAGUGAACAAUUCAUCCCCCGAGGGGCACUUACCAAUGGAUUUGAGUCCACAUACUACAAACGGUUUAUUUUUUAAUCCAGAGAAGGAAAUAAUAACUCCACAAAUGAUACUUCUUUGUUCAUGGCGUACGGUAAAAGAGGUCAGCCUUUUGUUCGGACAAUUGGCGAUUAAAUCAACCAUAUCUAAUCACAAUGCGUCGGGGGAACUGUUGACUGAAAAUCAAAUUAUUCAAAUAGGGGAACAUCUAGUCACUCUUCUUAGCGAAACAAAACACAGAGGUGCGUUUGAACAAGCGUACGUUGGUUUUAAUCAAUUAUGCACUCGUUUAUGGCGCAUAGAGAAUACUACUUUAAAUCAAUUACCGAAACUUUGGUUACACCAAAUUUUGUUAGCGAUAACUGGCCUAUUGCCAGGCAAUUUUAAAUUUUGUGCAACCAGAAGAAGCGCAGGAGUACCGUUUAUGGUUCAAGCACUCGUUUCUACCGAACCUAGUAUUCAAUACAAUGCCAAUAUCUCGGCAUUGCACUCCGUUAUGAAAAUAUUGUUAGGAUUUACGGAACUCGAAGAUAACGUAAACGUUUGGAAGGACAUAAAACGUGUGGUUUAUGAGAAAACUAUAUUUUCGGAAUUCGAAAAUUUUAUCGAUCUAUCGAGAACAGAUAUAAAUGAAAGUUUAUGCGAGGAUAACAAAAUACAAGUUACUGAAAUAAAAAUCCAUGCUUUGAACAUUUUGAGAGCUUUGUUCAGACACUCUCCGCUGGGAGAUUCCGUUAAAAUUUUUAUCGCCGAUGGUGUAAUAGCGGCAUUCAAAAAUUACGAUGGAAAAUCUUGGGCAGAACGAAACGCAGCAACUUUGUUGUUCAGUGCACUGAUCAUUCGAAUUUUCGGUGUGCAAAGAACGAAAGAUCAUAUCAAUCUAACGACGGACAACAAAAUGACCGGUAAAAUAUUUUUCGAAAAGUAUCCCAGUCUAUUGCCGUUCAUGCUGGACGAAUUGCAAACUUUCGUAUCUAUCAACGAGAGUCUAAUAAAACCAAACAUACAAUCGAUUUUGUUGUUACUCUCGCGAUUGUAUCUCAAUUAUAAUUCUGACGGAGACGACAUCAAUUGGAAGAUUGACGAAUUCAUUCAUUUAGUUUCUCAAUGUGCCAAGUCACCUGUCUGCAAAACUCGCGAAUUGGCAGCCAGAGCCCUCGUACCACUGAUGACAGAAACGAGCGCUACCAAUAUUAUUAAAAAAUUGUUUGAAGUGGUAGCUUCUGGACAAGUAAAUCAUUUGUCAUUGAACGCUAUACACGGUUACAUGUUACAGAUCUUGGAAAUAGUGAAAAGGCUAAGAGUUAUAAAGCGAAAGUUAACGUCCACGGAUCUUUGCUCGUUUUUCGAAGGUACAAUAUGGAUUUUAAGGAACUUGGAGAUAGAUAGCAACGGUCCAGUCUGCUUUCCAUUAGCUACCGCUUAUUUAGAUAUGAUUCACGAAUUACUUAAAGCGGAUUAUAAGAUGAUUACGAAUACGAUCUUGUUAAAUAUAUCCAGUACAUUGAAGCGACACGUUUUAGAGCAUAACAUAUUAAAACAGGCACCGAGUCAAGAAAUCUAUAAAGUUUCUGCUGUUAAAUUAAUCGUUUAUAUAGGACAGAAUUAUAUGUUUAAUAUUACGGCUAGAAUACAUCUUCACAUAUUAAACGUACCCGAACCCGAAUUGCAAACGAUCGCUUGGUCGACGAUCAUAGAAGUUAUAAAAGGUGCUACUUGUCCUCACGAAAAAAGAUUGUUGAACGAUCGGGCGAUCGACGUAGCUUGCAAUUCCAUAUCUUAUCUUCCCAAAUAUAAUCCUGAAUUGCAAGAUGCGAUUUUUGAUUUUCUUUACGCGAGCUUAAUGUUUAUGGACAAAUCUUUGGCGACGGAGGAUCACUACGACAAACAAGAAAUUUGUAAUCUAGUCUUGAACAAGAUGAGAAUUAAUAAUCAGAGACAUAGUUAUUGCAAAAGAAAUAGUUACUUGAGAUUGCUUGGUAAAUCUUACAGCACUUUGCAUUGCGAGUUGAAGGACGAUACAAUUUCGGUAGAGUGCACAGAAGACGUUUAUAGUAACUUCUGCGAUAAUUCUUGGAUCGGUACUUUAGAAGAGGAUUUCAGAAGGUCCGUCUUUGAAAUAAUGUAUCAACUUUAUUACACGAACACGGACGUUAGCCGGCAAUAUUCACCGCUGUUAGAAUGGUGGACGACUGUCUUACAAUUAUUGGUAGACGAUAACUUGGAAGUAAGAAAGGACGCAUCUCGAUUAGUUUGUAAAAUCGAAUCGAACGGUGCACUGGAAUGCGUAUCUGCGAUGGUUCAAACAUUUUUCGAACAAUUUUAUAAUAUCGUUGGUACGAAAUAUCCGAGCGUUGCGGUAGUUGCGUUAUUUUGUUGGGGUAUAUCGUUAUCUGGUAACAUGGAUUACGAAAUGGACGAGACCGAUGUAUUCAACAAGUGUAAGAAUUACGACUGUUUCGAGCCAGUGCAAUUAUCGAAUACGUGCGUGCAAUUCAUAAAGGUGAUAACCAAACGUUAUUCUCUCGACAGUCCGUUACCAGUGGAUGCCAUGCGUUGGUUGACCUUUCACCUAAAUCUAGAUCUAACGAAGGCUACGAGCUUUCGUAAGCUGGUAUCGUCAUACGGCGAUUACGUACCUGUUAUUGAAAAGCAACUACGUGAUAUCUUGGAUCCAACUUAUAAGGACAAACUCCUUCAGAUUUUGGCAUACGAAAAAUACGCUUCGUUACAUUCCCAGGAAUGUUAGUCGUUAAAAACAGAGAUUUAAUGUAAUAGGCUUAAGUAAGGCGCAUUAGAUAUCCAUUAGAUAUUUCGGCUAGUUUGACGGAGAAAUGGCAAAUAAAGGAUAAUUUUCCAAAGUGCGUUCAAUCACGA